AUGCUGGUGGUGCGAUGCCUGGUGUUCGCUGCUGUGAGUGCGCGGUUUGCCGUGACAGAACUACGCGGCUGGAGCAGCUCGCAGGGGGACCGGGGACCUGCUGUGGAGGAAGUCACUCAGCCCAAGCGGCUCCUGCAACAGAUCGACUCGGAGGGAGAGCUGGCUCACCGCCAUCUGGACACUCGAGUCAAGAACCACACCGAGGGAGCACAGCCUGUCCAUCUAGCCCAGAGCAGUUUCCUGGUGGAAACCUUUGGCAAAUCUUUCAUCCUGGACUUGGAGCUGAACCACAAUCUCCUGUCUUCGGAAUAUGUGGAGCGGCACUUUGACGACGAAGGGAGGCCGUCUCAAAACAUGGGAGGGGAACACUGUUACUACCACGGGCGACUGAGGGGGGUACCAGGCUCGUGGGUUGCUCUCUCUACCUGCCAUGGAUUACGUGGGAUGUUUUCCGAUGGGAACUUCUCCUACGGGAUCGAGCCUGUUCUCAAUACCAGUGGGGAGAAGCAGAAUGAUCACGUGGUGUAUCGAAUGCCUGACCUGGACCUGCUACUGUCACUACAAUGUCCAGGUUGCUCAUUGAACAGCAGUGACACUGAAGGGAACUCUGAAAAUGACAGUGACGGUGGUGGUGGUGGUAUCUUGUCAGAGCCGGAGGAGCCCAUCUUCACAGAGGAAGGGUUGAGCCGUUCAAAGAGACAGGUCAGACGAGGUCAACGCACAGUCCAGACCGAGACCAAGUACAUCGAGCUGAUGGUGGUGAACGAUCACGACCUGUUUGUGCAGCUGCGUCGGUCGUCGUCGCAGACGAGGAACUUUGCCAAAGCGGUCGUCAAUAUGGCAGACGCGAUUUACAAGGACCAGCUCAACACGCGGAUCGUGCUGGUCGCCAUGGAGACGUGGUCAUCCCAGAACAUGGUGUCCGUGGGCAAUGACCCCUUGCUGACCCUGAGGGACUUCAUGAAGUACAGGAAGGAGAGCAUCAAGGAGCGCAGCGAUGCCACACACCUCUUCUCGGGGAGGACCUUCCAGAGCAGCCGCAGUGGCACAGCCUACAUCGGGGGUAUCUGUUCCCUCACGCGGGGAGGAGGAGUCAACGAGUACGGCAACGUGGGUCCCAUGGCCAUCACGUUGUGUCAGAGCCUGGGGCAGAACAUUGGCAUGAUGUGGAACAAGGAGCGCCCUACGGCUGGGGACUGCAGGUGUCCCGACCCAUGGCUGGGCUGCAUCAUGGAGGACACCGGCUACUAUCUUCCCAGGAAGUUCUCACGCUGCAGUGUGGAUGAGUACCUUCGCUUUCUCCAGCAGGGUGGGGGCAGCUGCCUCUUCAAUAAGCCCAGCAAGCUGCUGGACUCUCCAGAGUGCGGCAAUGGCUUUGUGGAGGUGGGGGAGGAGUGUGACUGUGGAUCCCAUGUGGAGUGUGCGCGGAGUGGAGGAGCCUGCUGUAAGAAGUGCACCCUGACCCACGAUGCCAUGUGCAGCAAUGGCCUCUGCUGUAGAGGUUGUAGGUACGAGCUCAGGGGGGUGACGUGUCGCGAAGUGACCAACGACUGUGACGUCCCGGAGACAUGUCCCGGAGACUCCAGCCAGUGUCCUCAUAAUGUCCACAAACUGGAUGGUUACAUGUGUGAAGCUGGCCAGGGUCGUUGUUUCGGAGGUCGCUGUAAGACCAGAGAUGGACAGUGCAGAGGUCUCUGGGGCCACAACUCAGCCGACCGUUUCUGCUAUGAGAAGCUGAACUCCGAGGGCACAGAGAAGGGCAACUGUGGCCGUGACACCAGUGGCCAGGGCUGGGUGCAGUGCAACAAGCAGGAUGUGCUCUGUGGGUUCCUGCUGUGUACUAACAUGUCUGCGAAGCCGAGGUUUGGAGAUCUGCAGGGGGACCUCACCAGCCUAACCAUCUACCACCAGAACAGAUACCUGGACUGCCGUGGUGGCCACGCGGUGCUGGAGGAUGGCUCGGACCUGGGCUACGUGGAGGACGGGACGCCCUGCGGUCCCAACAUGAUGUGCCUGGACCGCCGCUGCCUCCCCGUGCCCACCUUCAACCUCAGCACCUGCCCCGGAUCCAGCAUCUGCUCCCACCAUGGGACCUGCAGUAAUGAGGUGAGGUGUAUUUGUGACGUGGACUACACUGGGAAAGACUGCAGCGUCUAUGACCCCAUCCCUGACCCCACCCCUCCAGAGGGACCUGAGAAAUAUAAGGGUCCCAGUGGCACCAAUAUCAUCAUAGGCUCCAUCGCAGGGGCAAUUCUGUUGGCAGCUAUAGUCCUAGGGGGGACCGGAUGGGGAUUUAAGAACAUCCGAAGAGGAAGGUAUGACCCCGCCCAACAGGCUAUGGUCUGA